UGGGGAGCCAAGGAGUGUCUGGGGAUUGCUGGUACAGGAGGUGGUGACUCCCUGCGGGAGGAGAGCAGCAGAGAUGCCGUCAAUGACAGACCAGCAGGCGGAGGCCCGUGCCUUCCUCAGCGAGGAGAUGAUCGCUGAGUUCAAAGCUGCCUUCGACAUGUUUGAUGCGGACGGUGGUGGGGACAUCAGCACCAAGGAGUUGGGCACAGUGAUGAGGAUGCUGGGCCAAAACCCCACCAAGGAGGAGCUGGAUGCCAUCAUUGAGGAGGUGGACGAGGAUGGCAGCGGCACCAUCGACUUUGAGGAGUUCCUGGUGAUGAUGGUGCGCCAGAUGAAAGAGGACGCCAAGGGCAAGUCUGAGGAGGAGCUGGCCAACUGCUUCCGCAUCUUCGACAAGAACGCUGAUGGGUUCAUCGACAUUGAGGAGCUGGGUGAGAUUCUCAGGGCCACUGGGGAGCACGUCACCGAGGAGGAAAUAGAAGACCUCAUGAAGGAUUCAGACAAGAACAACGAUGGCCGCAUUGACUUUGAUGAGUUCCUGAAGAUGAUGGAGGGUGUGCAGUAAGGGAUCAGACAUUCCUUGGGCCGGCUGCGGCAGCCAGCCUUGCUCUGCCCAGGAGUGGCCCCGCUGCAGCACCUGGCCUCACUGCUCACCCGCUGGAGCCCUGCAGCAGCUUGUGCCCCUCGGCCGGUGGCUGAGCUUUUCCUUGACUCUGACAGAUGUGGUUUAUGGAUGAGCCUCAUUAAAAGGGGAAAGGCUGA